AUGUUGAGUCGACGGUUAGGAGCGCUGUUCGCUCAGGCGAAGGAAUCGACGGGCAUCGUCGGCCUUGAUGUUGUCCCCAACGCGCGUCAGGUGCUCAUCGGCCUCUACAACCAAACCCUAAGCGCCGUUCAGGUGAUUCCUCAGGAGGCCGUGUACAGGCAGAACGUGGAGGCGCUGACACGGCACCGGCUCGCGGUUUGCGAGGAGGAGCAGGAUGCGGAGCGGAUCGAAGCGCGCGUGCAAUGCGGACAGGUGGAGGAGCUGAUCGAGCAAGCUAAGGACGAGCUAGAACUGAUUCCUAAGAUGGCCGAGUGGAAGCCAUGGGAGAAGCUGAGACCUUUUUACCAUGUCAUCAUAAAAAAGCUCCGUCGAGCCAAUCAACACGGCUCAGCUUCCACCCCUCCGAUCAUUCGGCAAGAUCGAGGCCAGAAUUGUGCUGCUGGAGAUGAGAUUGUUGCGGGAAGACUCUUGAAGCUGUCGAACGAAUUUGCGUGGCGAAAGACGCUGUCCCCCCCCACCCCCCAGAUUUUGCCCAUCACACCCGUUCCUGUGUCACAAGUGAAGGUCGGAACCGGCUCGCCUUCCCCUCUGGGGCCGUCUCUAGUGGAGAAGCGCGCCAAGCCAGAAGGCUACAGCAGGCUGCCUGCUCGAGGAACCGUCAACUUUGCUCUCUUCUCCAAGCAUGCUACAGCCGUGACCCUCUGCCUCUUCCUGUCCGGCAAGCAGGGCUCGCCUCCUGACCUCGAGAUUGCCCUGGAUCCCAGCAGCCAACGAACGGGCGACAUCUGGCAUGCGUCUGUGGAGAACGUGCCUCUCUGCGGCAUGCUGUAUGCUUACAAGGUGGACGGGCCGAAGGGUUGGGGCGAGGGGCACCGCUUCGACCCCUCCCUGUUGCUGCUAGAUCCCUACGCACCCCUUGUGGAUGGGAGAAGGAAGUUUGGGGAUGAGAGCCAACGGAUGGCUCAGAUGUAUGGCACGUUUGACUUUGAAUCCGAGCCGUUCGACUGGGGAGAGGCCGAAGCCAAGAGGACGCCGAUUCCCGAGAAGGACGUGAUUAUAUACGAGAUGAACGUGCGGGCAUACACUGCAGAUCCCUCUAGUGGGGUUGAGGAGGGGCGCCGAGGAAGCUACUCAGCUGUUGCGGAUAAGGUGCAGCACCUGGUGCAGCUGGGCGUGAACGCGGUGGAGCUGCUGCCCAUCUUUGAGUAUGACGAGAUGGAGUUUCAGAGGCGCCCCAACCCCCGCGACCACAUGGUGAACACGUGGGGGUACUCCACUGUCAACUUCUUCGCCCCCAUGUCCCGCUUCGCCUCUAACUGCGGUGGCCCCGUGGCAGCAGCACGGGAGGUGAAGGAGAUGGUGAAGCAGCUGCAUGCGGCUGGGGUGGAGGUAAUUCUUGAUGUGGUUUACAACCACACCAACGAGGCAGACGACACGUUUCCCUACACGACCUCCUUCCGGGGGAUUGACAACAAGACGUACUAUAUCGUCCAGCCCAACAACUACGUGCAACUGGCGAAUUACGCUGGGUGUGGUAACACGCUCAACUGUAACCACCCGGUGGUGAUGCAGAUGAUCCUGGAUAGCCUCCGGCACUGGGUGCAGGAGUACCACGUGGAUGGCUUCCGCUUCGACCUUGCCAGUGUCCUGUGCCGAGGGACUGAUGGGGAGCCCCUCAAAGCGCCUCCCCUCAUUCGGUUUCUUCCCCACCUCCUGUCUCUCCCUGCCCCUCACCAUUCCCCACACCAGGCCAUCGCCAAGGACGAGGUGCUCUCCAAGUGCAAGCUCAUUGCGGAGCCGUGGGACUGGUGCUUGCUCCCUGACAGCUCAUUGCAGAGCCGUGGGACUGUGGGGGACCGUGUGCUUAAGCUAGAGUUCGCCCACCACUAUCCCAUGGCAUUGCCCCACAUCUCUUCUUCGCCCUUUCUCUUCCUCUUUUCCACCCCACACCAGGCCAUCGCCAAGGACGAGGUGCUAUCCAAGUGCAAGCUCAUUGCGGAGCCGUGGGACUGUGGAGGACUGUACCAAGUGGGCAGCUUUCCAAACUGGGACAGGUGGGCGGAGUGGAACGGCAAAUAUCGAGAUGACGUGCGCAAGUUCAUAAAGGGCGAUGAGGGCUUGAAAGGGGCCUUCGCCACUCGAUUGGCCGGAUCUGCUGACAUGUACCACGUCAAUCAGCGCAAGCCCUACCACAGCAUUAACUUUGUCAUUGCUCACGAUGGAUUCACACUCAGAGACCUCGUGUCUUACAACUUCAAGCACAACGAGGCGAAUGGGGAGGAGGGGAGGGAUGGCAGCAACGACAACUUCAGCUGGAAUUGUGGCGUGGAAGGUCCCACGCAGGACGAGGGGAUUAUUGCGCUGAGAAACCGGCAGAUGAGGAACUUCCACAUCGCACUGAUGGUCUCUCAGGGAACUCCCAUGAUGCUGAUGGGGGAUGAGUACGGGCACACGCGCAACGGCAACAACAACAGCUAUGGCCACGACACCGCACUCAACCACUUCCUAUGGAACCAGCUGGACCAGGUCCGCUCAUCUCUCUUCCGCUUCACAGCAGCAGUCAACCGCCUCCGCUCCUGGCACCCAGCCCUUGGCCAAGCCAAUUUCCUCUCGCCCCGGGACAUCACAUGGCAUGAAGACAAUUGGGAUAACUACGAAAGUAGAUUCCUUGCCUUCAGCCUGCAUGACGUCUCUGGAACAUUUGGUGACCUGUACGUGGCAUUCAAUGCUCAUUCAUUCGCUGUGGACGCUGGCCUUCCUCCCGCGCCCGCUGGCCGUCAAUGGGUCCGAGUGGCGGACACUAACUUGCCAUCUCCACGGGACAUUGUGGAUGAUCUGGACACAAUUUCAACCAAUGGCCGUCCGGAACACUCACCAGAUCCGUGUCGGCAAGAGGUGGUUCUUUUCAGGCGACUCGACUCGACACUAGUCGACAGCUCACAUUUUGCGAUGCGGGGAAGAGGCGUUUACAAUGCGUUCUGCAUCGCCGCCGCUAGUGCUGCUCGAGGAGCCAAGCACGCUGUGGACCGGAGGAGUGUCUAUAACGGAACCAUACACGGCCGUUGUUACGGGAGCAUACAGAGCGUCUACAGCGGAACAAUACAGAACGCCUGUAGGGCAUUCUUCAUUGUUGCGAAAGCUCCCCAUUCUUCGUCAGCCUUCACGCACGGCGCUCGUCACGCUGGCAAGGUGAAAAUUAAUGGCUCUUAUUCGUCUCAGAUCGAGAUCGUAGGCAGCGUCGCAGCUAGGCGGUUCUUUAGUUCCACGACCGCCGGAACUCAAGCCGGGAGCGCUGCCGCAUCUCACGUGGCGGAAGCACAAGUAAACGGCAGAUCGAACCGUUCUUCAAUUCUUCUGCGGCUGACACGUGGCAUGGCUGGAUUGGGCGUCGUGGGUGCGCUGGGAUGGGCUGUAAUGGGGGAGGAUCCGAUGCUUCGAUUAAAGCUUCUCGUUACUGUUCCAGUGCGCGUCGGAAGGGUGGUUACCACAGUACUCGCCAUGGUUGCUGACUACAAGUCUUCUCUUCGCGGGCUGCCCGCGGGCAGCGAGGAAAUGGAGGCGGAGAAGCGGCAGUGCCACCUGCGCUGUGCGGAUCGGCUGCAGGCGAUGUGCUUCAGAAACGGAGGGAUCUACAUCAAGCUAGGGCAGCAUAUUGCGCAACUGGACUACAUUGUGCCGGAGGAGUAUGUGAUUGUAAUGAAGGAAUCGAUGCUCAACACAUGCCCUGUCACACCGUACGAGGAUGUUCGGCUCGUCAUCCAAUCAGAGCUCGGCAAACCACCAGAGGAGAUCUUCUCCUCCUUCGACCCUGUGCCUGUGGCAAGCGCGUCUCUGGCCCAAGUGCACCGAGGCACACUCAAGACAGGAGAGGACGUGGCGGUGAAGGUGCAGCACGCACAUCUGCUGGACACGGCAGCAGCAGACAUGGUCUCAGUGCGCCUUGUCAUCUCCGCACUGUACUGGUUCUUUCCGAGCCUGGACUACAGGUGGCUGAUUACAGAGGUGGAGGAGAGUUUACCCAAGGAGCUGGAUUUCGCUCUCGAAGCAUCCAACGGCCGGCAUUGCAUGGCCAACUUUCGAUCCUCCCCGUCCAAGCUCCUGAGGGAGUCCGUGGCGGUGCCGAGAAGCUUCUCGGAACUAACCGGGCAGCGGGUGCUGACUAUGGAGUGGAUGGAUGGCGUGCCUCUAACUGACGUGGCACGGCUGAAGGACAUGGGGAUUAACCCUGCUGACGUGGCAAAACUGAUCAGCACGGCUUUCGCGGAGAUGAUAUUUCGACACGGCUUUGUGCAUUGCGAUCCACAUGCAGCAAACGUGUUGGUGCGGCCGAAGAGAGGAGGGCGGCGAAUGCCUGGAGAGCCAGAGAUCGUGUUACUGGAUCAUGGCCUAUACCGGCAACUCCCCGAUUCCCUCCGCCUCAACUACGCGCACCUUUGGAAGGCCCUUGUGCUGGCAGACGCACGAGGCAUCAUGCAGUACAGCAUUGCGCUGGGCGCCGGGGCGGACCUUUACGCCAUAUUUGCUGCAACGCUCACUCUGCGGGCGUGGGAGAACAUCGUCGAGGCGUCUUCGGAUCAUCUGUUCAUUCCAGAUACAGCGGAGGAGAAGCAGCAUUUACAGAAAUCAGCAGCGGCUUAUUUCAAUGACAUAACGCGCCUCCUCGCUCGCUUGCCCCGUGUGCUGCUGCUGCUCCUCAAAACCAAUGACUGCCUUCGAUCCCUGGACACUGCCUUGAACCAGAUCAUUGUAUCUGUGGAUUUCUAUCCCAUCCUCUCUCUUGUCGCUUUCCACGCGGUUUCAGCCGCUUCGAUCCGGAUAAUGGAGCGGUACGACGUGGUGGUGGUGGGUGCGGGCAUCAUGGGCAGCUGCGCGGCGUACGAGCUCGCGAAGCGCGGGCUCAGCGUGCUGCUGCUGGAGCAGUUCGAUUUGCUGCACCGACGAGGCUCUUCCCACGGGGAGUCUCGAAUUAUUAGGAGAACUUACCCUGAAGACCACUACACUGCGCUCAUGCCACUCGCUUAUAAGUUAUGGGAGUCUGCUUCUAGCGAGGCUGGAUACUCCCCUCUUACCAUCACCGGAGGCUUGGAUUUCGGCCCACGCAGCAACGCUGACCUGGCAGCCGUUCUCGCCAGCUGUCGCAACCACAGCGUGCCACAUCAGCUCCUUGAGGGAGCUGCCUUGAGCGAGCGAUUCCCGAUGUUUAACUUUCCGGAUGGUUCUUCUUCUGACGAUGAUUUGGUCGGCGUGUUUUGUCCUGAUGCUGGGGUGCUGCAUGCGACGAAAGCAGUGGCGAUGUUCCAACAGCUGGCGGCGAGGCAGGGGGCGGCACUACGAGACAAAACGGCAGUUACUGCCAUUGAGCCGCUACAGGACAAAGAGGCGGCAGGGGUUGAAAAUCCUGGUCGGAUUCGUGUGUGUCUUCCGUCGUGUCACGAGCGGUCGUGUAAGAACGCUUUUCCCAAGAUGAGUAGAGGAGUAGGUCAAGGCGGUUUCCCGAACCCUAGUCAGGACCCAUUCGCUGGGAUGGGUUUCGGAUUUGGUCCAAGCCUUUUCAACGACCCCGUAUUCUCAGACCCCUUCUUCACGGAUCCUUUCGGGUCCAUGUUCGGCCGUCAAGGCGGGAUUGCCGGACGCGGAAUCCCCGGCGGGAUUUUCGGCGGGGAUUUCGGCGCGUUCGGGUCGAUGUUCCCGCAAGCACCGAUGCUGCCGUCCGCUUCGCCGUUCGGAUUCGACGACCAUAACCAAAAGCUCCUGUCUUCCAUUCUCCAUCGCGUUUCGCUGCUACGGAGCGAAGCUUUUGUCCUUCUCGCGGUCCCUUUUCCGUCCUCCCCUCUCCGCCCCUUCUCCGUUUGUCUUUUCCUCCCCGACUCUUCCCACUCUUUUGCGCUCUCUUUUCCCCCAUUCUGUACAGCCACGCCUAAUCACACCCACGAAACCCUCGUUACAUCAUCGUCUCCUUUCAACGCUCUCAGCCUCUUCGGUGGCGGAUUAGGCGGCGGAUUUGGCGCUGGCUUCGGUGGCGCGUUGGCGGGACUCGGGGGAGCAGCAGGGGGCGGCGCGUCCUAUUCCUUCCAAAGCUCAACGGUCACCUACUCGGGGAUAGGCGGGCAGACGUACUACUCUGAAUCGUCCUCUCAUCAGAUCGCUGCCAACGGGGUGGUGGAGGCACAGCACCAGCGGCGGGACUCGAGGGGGCGCCAGAGCAUGACAGUUGCCCGGGGGUUGGGCGAUAAGGCGCGCACGCUGAGCUGCACCAGGGAGGGCGGGCAACAGAAGUCGUACGAGAUUCUGCACAACAUGUCGCAAGAGGAAGCAGCAACCUUCGACAGCACAUGGCAGCACCACGCACGUCACGCCCUCCCUCCCUCAGCCUCCGCCGCCCCGUCUGCUCCUCCUGCCCGCCUUGCCCUGCCGUCCUCCUCGCACCGUUCCUCCUCUGCUCGCCAGCCCUCUGAGGGGCCAAGAGGGGGAGGUCAUGCAUAUGGGUAUUAG